AUGCCAAUGGGUUGCUGCCCUCCUGGAUUUAAAAGGGCGCCAUAUCCAUCUGCUCUCCAGUUCUGCUUGGAAAUGGUACCACUGGUUAUUCUCAGCUUUUUAUUGGCCUCUGUUUCUUCUGCUGUUAUCAAGAGGGACGUUCAGAAGGAUGAUGGCAUUGACAUCUACAGCUUCCACAUUAAGUCUAUGGUCCAAAGUCGCUAUGCCAUGACUGUCAUCACCAGCAGAGUGGCUAACCUGGCCAAUGAGUCUCAUGAGGUGAACUUCCAUGUGGAAAUACCCAAAAAUGCCUUCAUCAGCAAGUUUAGCAUGACCAUUGAUGGCAAAAUCUACGAUGGGGUUGUGAAGGAGAAGGCAGAGGCUCAGCAGCAAUAUGACCAGGCUGUCCAACGUGGCCAAAGUGCUGGACUUGUCAGUGCGGUUGGACGUACACUUGAGGAGUUCAAAACCUCAGUGACGGUAGCAGCACACAGUAAAGUGACCUUUGAACUCACCUACGAGGAGCUCCUGAAACGUCGUUUGGGGCAGUACGAGCUUUUGAUCAAAGCUAAGCCCACGCAGGCAGUCAAGGAUUUCAAGAUUGAAGUGCAGAUACGUGAGCGGCAAGGGAUUCGUUUCCUGGACACCCGUGGAAAACUUAUCUCCAAAGAGCUAGACAAGGUCACUAGGAUCUCACAGUCAGACGACGAGGCCACAGUGCAGUUUGCUCCCACAAAGCAGCAGCAACAACAGUGCCCAGGCUGUGAGACAAAUGGACUCGAUGGUGACCUGCUCAUCGUCUAUGAUGUCAAUAGACCCAAAUCAAAGAGCGAUUUUCAGGUGCUCAAGGGAUAUUUUGUGCAUUACUUUGCCCCAACGGAUCUCCCCCGCAUCCCUAAAAAUGUGGUGUUCAUCAUCGACCGGAGUGGCUCUAUGCACGGCGUAAAGAUUAAACAGACUCGUGAGGCCCUGCUGAAGAUCCUAGGAGAUAUCUCAGAAGAAGACCACUUUGGCCUUAUCAGCUUUGACAAUGCCAUCUAUAAAUGGAAACCCAACCUGGUCCCGGCUACACCUGGAAACCUGGAGGCUGCACAGGCAUUUGUGAGACAGAUUACUGAUCAGGGAGCCACAGAUAUAAACAACGCAGUGCUGGAAGGAGUGAGGAUGCUGAACAACCUGGCUGAGAGCCAUGACACCAAAGACAGCACCUCCAUUCUCAUUCUUCUCACAGACGGAGACCCCACUUCAGGUGUAACCAAUCUAGACAGUAUUCAGGCCAAUGUUAAGGAAGCCAUAGGCAAGAGGUACUCGCUUUACUGCCUGGGAUUUGGCUUUGAUGUAAAUUAUGAGUUUCUGGAGAAGAUGGCACUGCAGAACAGUGGUGUAGCCCGAAGAAUUUACCCCGACUCGGAUGCCGAUCUGCAAUUGCAGGGCUUUUAUGAGGAAGUAGCUACACCUCUACUGUUGGAUGUCCAACUGAGCUACACAGGUGUGUCCAACCUUACUCAGUCCAACUUCAGUCAGUACUACAAUGGCACAGAGAUUGUGGUUGCAGGACAAAUCUCUGACAACGACUUGGAAACCCUCACGGGAACAAUCACGGCUCGUUCGAAAAACAAUGAAGUAACGUACCAAGAUGUGUCAGUUAAGGAGGAGAACCUCUUGGACAUCUACAUCUUUGAGAUGUACAUCCAGAGGCUCUGGGCAUAUCUUACAGUAAAACAACUAUUACAGAAGGAGGUUUUGCUGGGACAGAGUGAGAAGGAGGCACUCAGAAAGCAGGCCCUCGAUCUUUCUCUUAAGUACAGCUUUGUGACCCCACUGACCUCAAUGGUAGUUACUAAGCCAGAGGGUGAAGACUCCCAGGUGCUCCACAAACCCAAGGAGGGAAAGCCUGACCACAGAGGGCAUCCUGGGAUGUUUGAUGAUGUGGAUUACGAUUACGUAGGACCAUACAUACGUCCUACCAUUCAAGGACGUCAGCCUGUGGAGGAUGUGGUUGAUCUACGGAUCCUGCAGCCCACGGCAGGUCACAGCAAUCGGCUCUGCUUUGAUGUGCAAGUUUCUCAAAAGCAAAAUUACAAGCUGCUAGACGAUCAGACAGCAGACCUCUUGGUCGUGGGCCAGGUGAACAGUGAAGCCAAGAAGGGCUUUCGGCAGAUCAGCAUUCGCUCCAAAGCCUGGGGCAGCAUCACUGUGGAUACUACAAAGAUUGUCCUCAUCCAGGGACAGAAGAAUGAAGAUUUUUCCUGGACACCUUUCUCCUUCAGCGAUGCAUCGAAUGGGCUUUCGCUGAACAUGCAUGACGAGGUGCUAACGGUGGAGGUUGGGGAGACCAAAAUGGACAUCCUGCUCCACAGAGACGGGCAAAAUAGCUUCCUAUGGCCAGCUGUGAAAAAACGCCCCCCAAGUAGCACAGCAACUGGGAUAAUAGGACAGUUCCUUGUUUCGUAUGAAGAGAAGCAGGUGAUACCAACAGGGAUACUGGAAAUCCAAGACAAAGAGGUUCCUGCAUCCAGGGAGACGGCAGUGAACUAUAAUGACCCCAGCAAACCGAGAGUGGACUGCUGGCUGGUGCCUUACCAGUCUGUUCUAGGGGUGAACCUCUCUGAGCUAACUGUGGUUCAGACAUAGAUUCAGCAUCCUGAGACUCCUUUCAGACCGUUCAAAUUACAUUAAGCAAUAAUUCUGUGUCAUUAUGAUCAAGUUAUUAAAUAACAUAUAAACAGUU